AUCGAGCGAGAUUUGGAGGCGGUGGCAUUCAAGCGAGGGCGGUGGCUGUCUUCAAGCCAGUGGCGGUAGCAGUCUUUGAGCGAGCGGCAGACGCAAACAUUGAGCGAGCGGCGGUCGCAGUCGUGAUCUAUGGUGACGAGUUGCGGCUGGGAUUGGGAUCGAGCGGUGAAGGCGACGGACGAGCUGUGGUUGCGGCUGGGAUUAAGGAGAUGUGAGAUCGAGCUGUGUAGAAUGGCUAGGGAUUUGGAUCGAUUUGUGUGAAGUCUGGUCGAGGAAGGAUUGUGGAUGAGACACCCUAUAUUAUGCUAUAUACCUGUUGCUGCGGUUCUGCCAGGGCCGCAGCGAAUACUUCAAAAUUAUUACGUAUUUUCUGCGGUUCUAAGUUGCCCGUAGCAAAUAUUUCACAAUUAUACAUUAAUUGCUGCAGUUCCUCUCUCAGUGCAGCAAAUAAUCUAAAAUAUAUCAACUAUUUGCUGCGGUUCUCUAAUGACCGCAGCAAAUAAGCAGCAGCAAAUAUGAAAAAUUCUAGUAGUGUGAUGAAGUCACUGAUCACUGCGAUUUUCAUACAGAAACUCCCCAUCCGUUUGAUUUACCAUUAGUAUCAACACCUAACGAGGAUGGCAAGGAGAAGAUUACUCAUGAUGAUAGUGCUACUGAGGUAGGUUUGGGUAUUGAAGAUGAGUGGGGAAAUGAUGAUUACAUGCUCCAAGAGAGUAGGGGCGAGGUAGAUGAUGUCCAUAAUGAAGAAGUCCCGCCCACAAGCAAGAUUACCCCUCUUGUACACAUGAACCAGUCCACUGUUACGUGGUUCCAGAUAUGGACUUCUUUGAUUCACUCCUUGAUGCAAUAUUCCUUUUUGUAUGGAGAGUGACAACAUCAUCCAAGAAGACAUUGAUGAAAACAGUGGUAAUGAAUUUUGGGAUGAUCACAUGGGGAGUGAUACAGAGUCCAGAGGAGAGGUUGUGAAUUUUCCUAAUAUUUGUGAGGAUGAAGAAGACUUUUCUAUGGUGCAGUUUCAUUACGGUAUUGCUCCUACUCCUUUCUUUGAAACAUCUUUUGAGCUUCCGGUGAUACCUAGAGUAAUCAAAGUUUCGAAUCAUGUUCUCUGUCCACCCGAAGAGGAUGAGAGUUUCAUACUUCAUUUCUGUGCUGAUGAGGGUUAUGAAGACCAUAUGCUAGCUACGUGGACUGAAGAAUUUAAAGAUCUGCGACACCUAAUGACAUUUGUUGAAAGGAAGCUAGAAACGUUGAUUACUAGUGCACCAAUACAGUCUUUGCUAUUUGAGAGCUUAUGAGGUAUCGUCGGGCACACGACGUUAAAAAUAGCGCUUCUUGGGAAGCAACUCGAGCUUAUUUCUGCUUUUGUUUUUGCUUUUGCUUUGUUUGUUGUUUGGUUGUUUUGCUUUGUGUUUUUGUUGCAGCUCAGGGUCUUGUUGUAGGGAUGAUGUGCCGAGGAUUACAAUGACUCAGUUUAGUUCUGCACCGACCAAUGCCUUAGGGAAGUUUCUGCAACUCUUUUAAUCGCUUGUUUCUAAAUUUUAACUUGAGUUGAGUUGAGCACGCGUGACCCUUUCCUCUUUAUCCCCUUGUACAUAGUGCAUUUUUGGUCAUCGAGGGUGAUGCCAAAGUUUAAGUGUGGGGGAGUGAAUUGGGCAUUCGGGCAGUAGUUGUGACAUGUGAUUAUUAGAGUUAGCAUGCGCAGGUGUUAGUUGUAUAUUCAUAGAAAAGUCAUGUCAAAAUUUUUGAAAAUUUUUCUUUAAACUGUGUCUUUGUGAGCUGACUAGCGUUUUGGCUAUGUUUUAGAACAUCUUUGAAGUGUUUAGGCUUAAAUAGGAGUGGGCAAAAAUACUGGAAAACCGGUAUACCGCACUAAAAAUACCGGAAAAUACCGGAAUGUUGGUAUACCGUCAUUUUCGGUAUGGUAUCAUACCGUACCUUUUUAUUUUGGUACAGUUACGGUAUAUGUUUCCAAAUACCGCGGUAUACCGGCACAAUACCGUACCGUCUCCAUAUUCAACAAUUAUUUUAUAUUUUUUUAAAUAUUGUAGAAGUCCACUAAAAUUUUCAAGCCCAACAUAAAACUCAAGUUGGUAAUAAAUACCAAAAUACAAAAAUUAAGGCCCACUUUUCCAAACCCAAAGCCCACUAACCUUCUACUAUGUGUCUACAUAACAUUCAAUCAAUAACCCUAAGAGCUAAUGACUAAUGUUCAGAUCGAAACCAGUCCAUCUUCCAAGAGCUUGCGAUGACCUAGCGGCUGACUAGUUAAUGAGUGAAGAUUGAAGAGGGAUAACGCGAGAGCACGCCGGUUUGUCAUCUGGCUUCUUUCACUUUGAAGGAAUAUGUCCGAGUUUGAAGGGGGAAGUGGUGAGCAAGUUAAACUUUUGUAGGCUAAGGAGUGGAUGAUGGUGCAUGAUUGAUGACUACGGGUGUGCGUUGGAUCGAGUUUCGUUGCAAUUGGAGUUGAAUUGAAGAAGUUAGAGUCCGACAAUCGGCGCUUGAGAGGCAUUCGGAAAGGAUUUGAAGGCAUUCAAGGAAGAUUUGAGAGAUUUGGAGGUCACCGGGAGAUUCAUGACGAAAUUCUGAUGAAGAAAGAGCAUUUGGAUCGACCUCAUAAGCAUUCGGGAGCAUUCGGAGCAAGAAACGAAGAAAAAUGAUGAAGAAAAGACCAGGCACGACCGUGCCUGGAAAAGGGUUGAGGCGCGGAGCUACUGCCAGCCAGGCAUGAUCGUGUCCUGGCCAGGCACGAUCGUGCCUGCAACUGAAGCGCGUGAAUGUUCCAUAGGCACGAUCCCAGGCACGAUCGUGCCUGGCACCGUGUCUGGCCCCGAUUUGUCCUAUAUCAACUCAAAUUCUACUGUUUUCUAUAAAUAAGACCUCCAUACCCCUUUUUACGGGUUACGAACAUUACAGAGAGGCCUAGGGACGAAUUUAACACCGUUUUUACGCUAUUUUCUUCCAAGACCCUGGGAUGAUUUGUAAGUUCAUCUUUUUAAUUAUGACAAUUUAUUCUAUUCAUCUCAAUUCUGUUGAUU